UCUCUUCUGCAGACAGCAACAUUCUCCCUCUGUCUCUGGAUGAGGGAACUGCAGAUUGAAAGUCCUUGCAACCAACUGCUGGUACCCGAAUGAAGUGUAGCCUGUCUCCUGAAAAAGCAUCCUAUUUUUGUGGGACAUUUGAUGCAAACUAACCAAUCAGCAUCUUUAUUUGUAAUGCUGCCUGAAGAGUAACUUGGACAUUUUUAGCUUCCUUUCUUCCUUUUUAUUUUUUCCUGUGUUGCCCUUCUUGACCAGCAUGAUUUUCACCACAGCUGCUGUCCUUGGUGCUACGCUGGGCACUGCGUCAGGCAUCCUCACUCUCUGUGGGCUCUCAUUGAUCUGCAGGUCCUGUAAGAAAGGCAAGUCGGAAAGUGGUGAAGAUGCAGACCCAGAGAAGGCUAAACCCAGUGUUCUGCACUCCUCAGAGAAGUUCAGUGUGGAAAAAUCCACAGAGCCCAUCCAACCAAGGACAUUGUUGAAAUUUCCUAAAAUAUACAAGCCCAAACCAUCUGUGACCUCAUCUGAGGUCAUCAGCUACCCUGAUCAUGCCUCAGAGAAGGGGGGCGAGCCCUCUCCCGAGGGACCCUCGACUGAGCCUGAUGCUGGUAACCAAGCAACUGACAGCUCUGACACAUUCACGAUCCUCAGACAAGACUCAAAGGACAAAACCCCCUGUGCAAGGGCUCUAACCAAUGGGAUGACAACAAGCAGAUCCAUCCUCCACCCUAAGCUGCAUUUCUCUCUCACCUAUUAUACAGACCAGAAUGAGCUACACAUCACCGUGAUAGAAGCGGAGCAUUUGAGUGUGGGGUCGGGCUGUGAGGGCUAUGUGGCCGGAGUCCUGACCUUAGCAGCAGGACAGAGGGAGGCCCAGACUUCGUUGCGACGCCUGACCAGCCACACCCGCUGGGAGGAAGGCCUGGUGUUCUCCCUGCCAGGGGGGUAUGAGGUGGAGGGUGAAGUGGCUCUCUCCCUUCACAGUUGUGACCACUUCUCCCAGAACACCAACCUGGGCGUCAUGAGGUUCAAGCUGGUUGAUGUGGGCAUGAUGUCCAACGCAGACUGCUGGGUCGACCUACAACCACCAAAACAGGAUGUCCAGGCAGCUGGAGAGCUCCUGCUGUCUAUAAGUUACCUGCCUGCAGCCAACCGGCUGGGAGUAGUGGUGAUGAAGGCUCGAGGACUACAAUCAGACAAGCUAAAGAACUCCAUAGACCUGUCUGUGAAACUGGCCCUGAAGCACCAGACUACCAAGCUGAGGAGGAAGAAGAAGCAGACGCGACGGGUCAAGCACAAGAUGAACCCAGUGUGGAAUGAGAUGAUGAUGCUGGAGGUUCCCCGUGAGCUGCUGUCAAAAUCCAGUCUGGAUUUGGAGGUGUUGAACCAGGCAGGUCCUGGUGAGCAGGAGUCCCUGGGCCGCUGUCAGCUGGGUUUACAGGCCUCUAACACUGGCCUCCAACACUGGCAGCAAAUGCUAGACAACCCCCGUAAGCAGAUCGCCAUGUGGCACCCGCUGUAUGACUAAGAUAACCACCUGUCCGCUUUGCCCUUCCAAAUACCCAAUUGAAUAUAUUGAAUAUCGCAGAAUUUCCAAGGAAUACCAAUUAUGAACACAUUUUAUAUAUUCAAUGAAACUCAUCAAUGCAAUGUAAUACUUUGCCUACAGUACCUAUACUUAACCACCUCUAUGAUCUGUUUUUAUAGCUGAACAGAAUAAAUAUGAUAAUGUCUGUGUUUUUGUGUUAUAGGGGAUUGUGUAUAUGGUAUGUAAGGGUAUGAUAAAUAUCAGUGAAUUAUUCUAGAGUAGAGCUGUCAUUUUAUUUGUAAAGGGAUGUAUUCAAACGCUUGGAAAGCAAUCGAGAAAAUGCACCUGGCAGAAACUUAAAGGCCAGCCAAUAUUAAACGGAUAGGAGAUUCAAAAGCCCGGUGUACUACUGAAAGGACAAGUAUUAGUAUUCAUAGAUAUACUGUUACAGUGAUGGGAUUACAGUGGACUACAUGUUUAAAGUGUAUCUUAUUACACAGGGUCUAAAAACGGCAGCUAAAGUUUUCCACAUGAUGUAUUAAAAAAAUCAUGCAGUGUUUAAUCUAGUAAUAUACUGUAUUUGUCAUUUUUAUGAAUAUGUGCAGCUGAAUUCUAUCUUAGGAGAAUACGAGAGUUGAUAUACAUGUUAUAUUUAAAGUAGUUACAACUAACAACUCAAUUUCACACCUGUUUCCAUUCAACCCACUUUGCUUCAGUUAUGUACAAAAGGUAUUGUUCUCCAUUGUGGUUUUAUUUUUUACAUAGCUUAUGUCAAGUGAAUUGCUUAUAGACUGUGCCAGUGAGGAACACACUGUGUCAUUUGAAAAUGUACACACUGACACACAAAAUGUGUGAAAAUAAAAACAUAUUCAAAAUA